GCCCUCCCUUCGGCCCGGGAGCCGCCCGCCGCGCAGGGGCGGGCUCCGCGGGAAGGUGGCGACGAGAGGCGCGGGGUCCGCGCGGAGGCCUGCACGGCGUGGCCAGGUGAUGUGGGCCCUUGAGCUUUUGCAGAGGAAAGGGACCCCCAGAGCAGCCGUGACCCCAGGCUGCCCCCGUGAGGCGUUUUGACAUCAGCCCUAGAGACGUUGGCAGCCCGCGUCGGCCCGGCCCCGAGAGUUAAAAGCCCCGAGAAUGCAGUGAUUUACGGAAUUAGGCUCUCCCCGCGGGAGGGGCACUGUCUGCGCGGGUGAACUCAGUGCGGAAAGGACAGCACGAUGCUGUCCGAGCAAGCCCAAAAGUGGUUCCCAACCCACGUGCAGGUCACAGUGCUCCAAGCCAAAGAUCUGAAGCCAAAAGGCAAAAGUGGCACCAAUGACACAUACACUAUAAUUCAGCUGGGCAAGGAAAAAUAUUCCACCUCUGUAGCUGAGAAAACCCUUGAGCCAGUCUGGAAGGAAGAGGCCUCCUUUGAGCUGCCUGGAUUGCUAAUGCAGGGGAAUCCAGAGAAAUACAUUCUUUUCCUUAUAGUUAUGCACAGAUCCCUGGUAGGUCUGGAUAAAUUUUUAGGGCAGGUGGCAAUCAAUCUCAAUGACAUCUUUGAGGACAAACAAAGGAGGAAAACAGAGUGGUUUAGAUUAGAAUCAAAACAAGGAAAAAGAAUCAAAAACAGGGGUGAGAUAAAGGUCAAUAUUCAAUUUAUGAGGAACAAUAUGACAGCAAGUAUGUUUGACUUAUCAAUGAAGGACAAAACAAGAUCUCCUUUUGCAAAAUUAAAAGAUAAGAUGAAAGGUAGAAAAAAUGAUGGGACAUUUUCUGAUACAUCUUCUGCAAUCAUUCCAAGUACUCACAUGCCUGAUGCCAAUACUGAAUUUUCAAGUGGUGAAAUACAGAUGAAAUCCAAACCAAAAAAGCCUUUUCUUUUGGGUCCUCAGAGACUCUCUUCUGCACAUUCAAUGUCUGAUUUAACUGGGUCCCACGUAUCUUCUGAGAAACUAAAGUCUGGCACUGUAGGUCAAACACAUCUUCUUGGACGCCAGAUAGAUUCUUUUGGAGCAGUUCCAGAAAGUGGAAGUCUCAAAUCUCCACACAGAAGAACAUUAAGCUUUGAUACUUCUAAAAUGAACCAACCUGACAGCAUUGUGGAUGAAGGUGAAUUGUCUUUUGGAAGACAAAAUGACCUAUUUACGAACGUGACUGCUUCAUUACCCCAAAAAUUUGCAACACUGCCAAGAAAGAAAAAUCCAUUUGAAGAAAGCAGUGAAUCAUGGGACAGUAGCAUGAAUUUGUUUUCAAAACCAAUUGAAGUAAGAAAAGAAAAUAAAAGAGAGAAAAGGGAGAAAGUUAGCCUGUUUGAAAGAGUGACUGGGAAAAAAGAAAGCAGAAGGUCUGAUAAACUGAACAAUGGGGGUUCGGAUAGCCCUUGUGACUUGAAAUCACCCAAUGCUUUUAGUGAAAAUCGGCAGGACUAUUUUGAUUAUGAGUCAACUAAUCCAUUUACAACAAAAUUCAGGGCUUCAAAUAUAAUGCCAUCUUCAAGUUUUCAUAUGAAUCUGACAAGCAAUGAAGACCUCAGGAAAAUCCCGGACAGCAAUCCUUUCGAUGCCACUGCAGGGUACCGUAGUCUGACCUAUGAAGAGGUACUACAAGAGCUAGUGAAACACAAAGAACUCCUUCGGAGAAAAGACACCCACAUCCGGGAGCUUGAGGACUACAUCGACAACCUCCUCGUCCGGGUGAUGGAAGAAACACCCAGUAUCCUCAGAGUGCCAUACGAACCAUCCAGGAAAGCUGGCAAGUUCUCCAACAGUGAAUAAAGCCAAGUGUGCUGCAUUUGCAAUUGGAUAGAGAGAGAGCAAGAGAAAGAGGGAGGGAGGAAGGGAGAAAGGAAUUAAAAAAAGGGAGGGAGGAAGGAAGGAAGGACUUGCCACUGGAAGAGACAACACUAUCAGCUUUCACUGCAUACUCUUUCAUUGUGAAAAGUUAUUUUACCUGUAAAUAUUAGCAGGGGCUAUCAAGAGUGACCUUUGAAGUGAGCAAACUUUUAAAGUGAAAAAUGGGCCAGAUUCUUGAUGAAUAAGCAUUUCCAUGGGGUUCAUUUGGGUGCUGGUGCUGGCGCUGGCCACUAAUCUGCCAUCGGCCCGGAAAUACCUUCACAAGUUCACAAAUUAGUCCUCAGGAAUAGAUUUUUCAUAAAGCAGAAGUGGUACUAUGGCUGGAUUCUCAGAAGUCAAUUUGUAGGCAUUUAGCUUCAGGAAUACUGCUCAUUAUUAACACUACUAAAAAACUGCAUAUUUUAUAUACAUAUAUACACGUGAAUAUAUAUGUAUGUUCAUGUAUCUUUGUCUAUAAAAUACAUGCAUAUACCUCACAUAAACAUGUGUUUUUAGAAGGCUGGUGGCCUCUAGGUUAGGAUAACAAUUUCAUAGGUUGAAAGUGUAUAUUUGCUCUUUUAAUGCAAGACAAAUCGUCGUUCCUACCACUAAAACUCAUUAUGGAGAAGCUGCUUCAAGUCACUCUUGACUGUGUGAACCUUGGUUUCAAAGUAAGCUGCUAUAUAUGAUUCCUGUGUCAAACUGUAGCUCUUUUUCAAAAUAAUCAUGUGAGUUCCUUCAAGUUUUAGGACACUUCAUUAACUUCACAGCAGUGUGAAUGCCUUUAAAUUAAUUUUUACCUAACAGAGUUUUAAGGUAUACGCAGAAGGUAAACUAAUACAAUUUGUUUUGUUGAAAUUCUGCAUGCCUUUAAAACACUAGCAAGGAAAAUAUUAUAAAGGUAUAUCUGAAAAUAAUUCGGGGGGAAAAAUAAGUCAUCAUCUGGUUCCCGAUAAACCAAAGCAA